AUGGACCGAGGUUUCAACAAUGUGAUUAUUGAAUCGGAUUCUACAAUUGCAAUUGGUUUGGUGGAACAUGAUAUCUCUCCUCUUCAUCCUUAUGCUCCUCUCAUCAAGAAAAUUAGACAAUUCCAAAACAUGGAUUGGACUAUUGCUUUCCAUCAUACUUUUAGAGAAGGCAACGAGUGUGCAGAUUGGCUUGCCAAGAAGGGCGCUACCUCAGAUGUCUCCCUAAAGAUUUGGCAUAGUUGUCCUCCUCAGCUUAGUAAUGUUUUGAUAGCUGAUGUUUCAGGUGUUGCUCGCCCGCGAGCCUAG